AUGCAUCUACCUGUUUCACUGUCGACGAACCUCAACACUCCACUACGUUCAGUCCUGAAGACAAGUGGCCUAUUUAACAAAGAUUGGGAAUCUUCAGAUCAGUUGAAUGAGCUGUGUGCAAAUAGUAAUGAAUUUACACUUCAUCGACUUUUAAGUGACAUUAAUGCCAAUGAUUUGAAUUUUGACAUGAAUGAUAUAGCUAAAUUUGAUCCAAUGAAAUUAUUUGAUACACGAAGUCUCAGCGAAUAUUUACAAUGUGAUUCAUCCGAUCAAAUGAAUACGUCAAACGAUAUUGAUUCAAAUCAUAUAAAUAGUAUACUACCAUCUGCAACAGCUUGUUCAUCAGGAUCAUUUUCUGAACUUUGUUCACCAACACUAGAACAACCAGCAAAAGAAAUAUUCCAUAUAGAAACAAAUCAAUUAAAAAUGGAACCAGAUAAUGUAUUAGUUUAUACGCAAUUAAAUUCACUUGAUGAUUUUGUACCCACACCAUCAACAUCUGCUCCUACUGCACAGGAAUUCAAUUUUGAUCCUAGUGCUUUAGUUGCUUUUGAACAUGAUUAUGGCUUUUUAUCAAAACGAGCAACAGUUUUUGAUACACCAUCACCAUCACCAACAAUUUCUAAACGAACACCAACACGUGGACCUCGUCGUACAUCAUCUCGACUUCAAUCGCGUGCUACAUUAAUUGAUUUUAAUCAAAUACUAAAUGAAAGUUCAUGUUCAUCACCAACAAUAUCUGAAGAUAGUUCCAUAUCAUUAAGAAGAACUAAAAAUCCACGUCAUAUUCAUCGUGCUACAGAUAUAAAAACAGAAGACGACUUAUCAUAUUAUUUGGAAAGACGUCGAAAAAAUAAUGAAGCAUCAAAAAUAUCUCGUGCAGUACGAAAACAAAAAUUUGGUGAUAUGGAUGUUCGAUGUGCUGAAUAUGAACGUGUCAAUGUUGAACUUCGUCUGAAGAUUUCAACACUUGAGACUGUUACAGCCAAUUUAAAAAAUGGUCUAAUCCAUAACUUUCAACGUAAAGGUGGUGUGAAGCCAAAAUUCUAA